UUCAGUUCAACUGCGAAUCCAGGCCGACGGGGACGGGUGCUCUACAGAUUUCAGGCGCAGUCGUUCUGUCUGGGGGUAAGAGUUGUUAGCACUCACAGACGCUCAUUCCUUCGGGACGACCAAACGACGGCGUAACAGUUUGGUUACUGCAACCUUUUAUAUUCAUGGACCCUACACCUGUAACUACAGUGAAAGAUGACGAAUCAGUGUUGUCUACACCGUCACAAGACAAAGGCGACUCUGCCUCCCUCGGCGACCGGGGCGACUCUGCCUCCCUCGGCGACCGGGGCGACUCUGCCUCCCUCGGCGACCGGGGCGACUCUGCCUCCCUCGGCGACCGGGGCGACUCUGCCUCCCUCGGCGACCGGGGCGACUCUGCCUCCCUCAGCGACCGGGGCGACUCUGCCUCCCUCAGCGACCGGGGCGACUCUGCCUCCCUCAGCGACCGGGGCGACUCUGCCUCCCUCAGCGACCGGGGCGACUCUGCCUCCCUCGGCGACCGGGGCGACUCUGCCUCCCGCAGCGACCGGGGCGACUCUGCCUCCCGCAGAGAACCCGCCUACUACAGCGACAUAUUCGCUGGAUUGUUUACGCCUCCGCCACCGCUUGACCUUGAUCGUAAAAUUUAUCUCCCAGUUUCCGAAUAUGGGCAUCUGUUCCCUUUCGCGCCCCGCCGUGAACGGCCCUCGACUCCUGACAACGAUGAUGACGACGAUGCCAGCUCUACCUGUACUCUCGUUCCAGAAGAGGAAGAAGAGGAAAAGAAUACAGUUAGUCAGAGAGAACCUUCUUUACGGGCUUCGUCAUUAGAUAAGACUGUAGAAUUUACAAAUAGAGACGCUACAAUGCAAACGUUUGCUUCUUUUGACGAAGUAGUGGUUGGAAGGUGGUCAUAUCCUCCGUCAAGUGAAGGUAGACUCCGGCCUUCCGAGACCCGCCAUGAACAGACCCGUCGCCAACCGGCAGAGGAUCCUAGUUAUACCUAUAAUGGUGUCUUGUCUAGUUUCCUCGAACGGAACAUAGGCGAUCCGCCACCGUCUAACAUAAGUCGUCCACGUCUUGGCUUUUUUGACGAAUUGGAGAAUAUGUUCCGUCCCGUGAAUGAAGGCGAGCUCCGGCCUACCGGGACCCACUCUGGUGAACAGACCCGUCACCAACCGGCAGAGGAUCCUAGUGAAUCCUAUAAUGGUCUCUUGCCUAGCUUCCUCCAACAGGACAUAGACGAUCCGCCACCGUUUAACACAAGUCGUCCACUUGAAGACAUUCUUGACGAAUGGGAGAAUAUGUUCUCUUCAGAGACCCGCCAUGAACAAACCCCUCCCCAACAGGCAGAGGAUUCUAGUGAUACCUAUAAUGGUCUCUUCCCUAGCUUCCUCGAACGGAACAUAGGCGAUCCGCCACCGUCUAACAUAAGUCGUCCACGUCCUCGCUUUUUUGACGAAUUGGAGAAUAUGUUCUCUUCAGAGACCCGCCAUGAACAAACCCGUCCCCAACCGGCAGAGAAUUCUAGUGAAUCCUCUAAUGGUCUCUUGCCUAGCUUCCUCGAACGGAACAUAGGCGAUCCGCCACCGUCUAACAUAAGUCGUCCACGUCCUCGCUUUUUUGACGAAUUGGAGAAUAUGUUCUCUUCAGAGACCCGCCAUGAACAAACCCGUCCCCAACCGGCAGAGAAUUCUAGUGAAUCCUCUAAUGGUCUCUUGCCUAGCUUCCUCCAACGGAACAUAGGCGAUCCGCGACCGUCUAACAUAAAUCGUCCAUAUCUUGGCAUUCUUGACGAAUUGGAGUAUAUGUUCAACUACGGGACUUUAGAAUCUUCACUGGACGAACCUGAUUACUCACUUUCUCCCUCCCUCUUGACGAGAACGGCCGCGAACUUCAGGCGGCCGUUUCUGCUGAACAGCGCAUGGGAUCUUCCUCAUCCUCUUGUGGCCCCGGCUCGCCAGGUUCCUAUCUUGGAAUCCCUUGUUGGGCAUCCUGUCUUCCUGAAGAAAGGAAAAAAGAAAUCCAAAGGCGAUAAGGAAUCCAAAGGCGAUAAGGAAUCCAAAGGCGAUAAGGAAUCCAAAGGCGAUAAGAAAUCCAAAGGCGAUAAGAAAUCCAAAGGCGAUAAGAAACCUAAAGUCGCUAGAGAUCACUUUACCUGCAAAAAGUGCGGUUCCGUUUUCCCUAAGAAAGUUUCUUUAAGGUUUCAUAGGUCAUUGAUGCAUGGGUUACCAAUGUUUUCCCAUGAGCCUAGACGACGUCCCAGGCAACCAGAAGGGCAACAUUCUUCCCGGUAGCUCCUGGAUUAUCAUGACUAAAAUCUAGUCGCUCUUGUUAAUUUUAAUGCAGCUUAGGUUUUAGCUAUAAUCGGUUUUGACUUUGGUAUAAAACUUAAUAAAUUUUAGUUUUAAUAUUGGCAAAAUUAUACUAAAUUAUACUUUUAUUGGAUAUAUAGUGGC